CCACAGAGACACGGCUGAGAGAGAGAGAUCAGGUGCAUAGAUAGAUGGCUGGGAUAGAUGAGGUUGGAGAGGGCAGAGUGAUUGCACAGGGGUACACGGUGGUGGAUGAGGAGCGUCACGCCGUAGACUAUAGGCCCAGUGUGUGGGGUGACUACUUCAUUAGCAACCCAACACUAUCCCAUAACUAUGAGAAAUCACUGGAGUGGAUAGAGAGGCGUGAUCAGCUAAUAAACAUAACAAGGGAAGUCUUUCUGGACGUCACCGAUCCAUUUGCAAAAAUGAAGCUUACUGAUGCCCUUCAACGUCUUGGAGUGUCUUAUCACUUCAAAGAAAUAAUAGAUAGCUUCCUGGAAAGCCUAGCUUCUGUGAGGUUUGAGAAUGAUGAUUUCCAUGCAAUCUCCCUUCAAUUCAGGUUGCUAAGACAGGAGCGUCACUACAUGCCAUGUGACUUAUUUAAAGAAUUCAUUGAUGGAGAAGGAAAUCUGAACGCAACCCUAUGCAGUGACACGAGAGCAUUGCUUGCUCUGUAUGAGGCAGCACAUCUUGGAACUCCUGAUGAACAAAUCCUCAAAGAAGCACAGAUUCAAACAACAAAUCUCCUGAGGGAAAUUACUGCUGAUCAUAUUGAGAAGCCACUCUCCAACAAAGUGAGGCAUGCUCUUGAGACACCAACUUUCCGUCGGAUGAAGAGGCUGGAGGCCAGACUUUAUAUCCCAUUGUACCAAGAAGAUAAGGAAGAGUGCAAUGAGACGAUACUUGAGUUGGCAAAACUUGACUUCUAUUUAUUGCAGCGACUACACCAGGAAGAGGUCAAAGAAAUAUGCGAGUGGUAUCAUGGGUUAGAGUCCCCGUGUGAACUAUUCUACGCGAGGCAUAGGCCUGCAGAAUCAUAUUUCUGGGCAUUGGGUGUGUAUUAUGAGCCACAGCAUUCAGAGGCCAGGAAGCUGCUAGCAAAAUUUAUAGCAACUAUUACACCAUAUGAUGAUACUUUUGACAAUUAUGGCAUCUGGGAGGAGCUUCAACCAUUCGCCGACGUGAUGCAACGGUGGGAUGAAAAGGAUGCCGAGAAACUUGAAGGAUAUAAUAAGGACUAUGCUCGAUUUAUGUUUGGUACAAUGAAUGAGAUUGAGGAUGCACUUCCGAAAGGGGCAUCAAGCAAGAAUGUCAAUAUUAUUAGAGAAAUAAUCACAGAAGUAUGCAAAGGUUAUGUAACGGAGAUAGGUUGGAGAGAUAGUAAAUACAUUCCCCCUUUGAAGGAGCAUUUGAAAAUCACGCUAGUUACAUGCUUCUAUUGGGCAGUAAAUUGCACUGCAUUUGUUGUUUUCCAAGACGGUGUUACAGAGGAAGUAAUGAAAUGGAUGUCAGAGUUUCCUCAAAUUGUCAAAGAUUCAUGUAUUGUUUCCCGACUAAUGGAUGACAUUGUUGCUCAUGAGUUUGAGACCGAACGAGAUAAUGUUGCUACUGCAGUAACUUGUUACAUGAAAGAGUAUAAUAGCACAAAGGAGGAGGCAUGUAAAGCACUAUGGAAUGAUGUGGAAAAUGCAUGGAAAGAUAUGAAUCAAGAAUACCUAAAACUGACAUCAAUACCAUCUUCCUUGCUUAUCCUGGUUAUUAACCUUGCACGCAUGAUGGAAACAAUGUACAAGAAAAUUGAUGGUUAUACAGAUUCAGCAAUACUGAAAGAAUGGAUAUCAUUGUUGCUUGCUCAACGAAUACCAUUCUAGGAUGGCAUCCUAUACCUUUGGCUUGGCUUUUGAGAAGGAUAUUGUUAAUAUGAAUAAUGUUGUAUGCAAGUUUGCUUCUGGAUCACUUAGAUUUUGAGCAGAAUAUCUCUACUACGAAUAUUAUAUUCAUGUGUCUAAGUUUGUAUAAGGUCACUCAGCUUAUGAGCAUAAUUUCUCUAUCACGAAUAAGUUUGUAUAUAUGAGCAUAAUUUCUCUAUUACGAAUAAUCUUGUAUCCAGGUAAGGGUCACUUUGCUUUUGAAUAAAAUGUAUCUACAACGAAUAUUCGUGUGUUCAAGUUUUCUUGAGGAUCA